AUGGCCGGCGCGAGCCCCAAGAAGAACGGCUCCGCGCCGCAGACGCCCAAGCAGUCGCCGCCGCGCGCGUCGCCGUCUCCGUCGCCCUCGCGCGGGCCGGACGACGUGGACGCGGACGAGCUGACGGCGCUCAUCAAGGCCAUCAAGUUCGCGCACCCGGAGUUCGGCGUCAAGCGCGUGCACGACCAGGUGGCCACGCACGGCGGCAAGUUCGCGCGCGUGCCCUUCAAGCGCGUCAAGCGCUACAUGCACAAGCUGGGCAUGAACUCGCCCUCGGACGAGGACGACAAGACGCCCGUGAAGCUCAUGACGGUGGGCGGCGACUCCAAGUCGCUGCGCGAGGGCGGCCCCGAGGCCGCGGACGCCGCCGACGACAGCGUGUGGCUGCCCGUCAAGCUGGACGAGCCCGCGUCCAAGCUGCAGGAGUUCCCGUACCAGGCGGUCAUCCGCAUGACCACCAGCGAGGAGGGCGACGCCGAGGGCUCGCUCGGCGAGAUCUACAAGAUCCAGGUGGCCAUGGAGGCCGACGGCUCGCUCAGCACCAUCCACCCCAUGCUCGUGUACAACAAGCCGCGCACGCGCAAGACGUUCCUGCACCCGGACUCGCCCGCGUACCUGCCCGUGCAGCGCCUGGUGACCGCCCAGGGCCAGAAGGGGUCGGUGGGCGGCUCCAAGGCCUACUUCUGGGGCCGCUACUUCAAGAUCGAAGACAUGUUGUACAUCAACACGGAGAAGAUCGCGCCUGCCCAGCAGUGGUAG